CCCCCCCGGCGGAUUCUGGCGGCGCGCUUCUGGACCACGCCUCUCAAGACAACCUCCCGUUUUUUACCUCCCCAUCGCCCAGGGCGGCGCACCAAGCCAAUUUUCUCUCGACAGCUUCAGCUUCCUCCUCCGUGUGAGCUGAAUCUGUGUUAAUUCGCCUUUUCUCUUGUCUCUUCUCCAUCCUCAGGGCACUUUUUCUGUGCCUUUGAAUCUCAGACCCCGCCUGAUCGACCGCACAUGACUCCCCCGCCCGCUUCACCUGUACCUUCCGCACUCUCUUCAACAGCGACAUCCCAGGCUUCACACGAUCGCAGAGAUGGAGAGCCGCAGCUAGCACGCGCGGUGGAGGACCUUCACCUGGGCGCUCCGGUGACCGGUGAUGUCCUGCCAUCGGCCUCUCCGUCCAAGCCUCCCAAAGCUAGUAUGGCGAAUCGCCUGUCGCGCAUGUUCUCUCAGACCGGAAAAUCGUCCCCCAGGGAACAAAAGGAACCAGAGCCCCCGAAGGAACAAGUGUCAGAUAGCGGAUCUGACAGUGCCAAGGGCUCUGCCAAUGGUAUUGCAAGACAGUCCAGACCAACCUCCAAACCCAACUCCAAGCCCCCCUCGCGACAGACGUCGACGAAAGGCGAUGGCGAAAAGAAGCCUGGCUUUUUCGGCCAGAAAGAGGGCGCUCUUGUCCACAAACGAUUCGAACUAUACCAGGAUGGCUCUCAUGCUCACUUCCUGAAGAGCGCGCGGAGACAAGAGAAACUAUCGAAUUUGCUGCGUGACAUGCUAGGUGGCGGGAAAAAGAAGGACGACUACGUGGAUGACCAACAGCUGUCGCUCAUGCAGACAUGGGUCGAUCAGCUGAAGACGGAGCGGGAUAAGCUGGCUGCGGACAAGAAGGGAGGUCCGAAUGCAACUGCAUCCCUAGUCGACAAGUACGGCAAAUGCCAGGAGAUCGUCGGACGCGGUGCCUUUGGCAUCGUCCGUAUAUCCCACAAGGUGGACCCUAAGGACUCGAAAGUGGAACAACUCUACGCAGUCAAGGAGUUCCGUCGUCGGCCGCAGGAGACGGCCAAGAAAUAUCAAAAGCGCCUGACUUCAGAGUUCUGCAUCUCCUCUUCUCUGCGUCACCCGAAUGUCAUCCACACCCUCGAUCUGCUCCAAGAUUCCAAGGGUGAUUACUGCGAGGUCAUGGAAUACUGCGCCGGAGGUGAUCUAUAUACCCUGGUCCUGGCCGCUGGAAAGCUUGAAGUUGCUGAAGCAGAUUGCUAUUUCAAACAGUUGAUGCGUGGCGUGGAAUAUAUGCACGAAAUGGGAGUCGCUCACCGCGAUCUGAAACCGGAGAAUCUACUGCUGACCACUCACGGUGCCUUGAAAAUCACGGAUUUUGGGAAUGGCGAGUGCUUUCGCAUGGCCUGGGAGAAGGAAGCUCACAUGACUGCCGGUCUGUGCGGGUCUGCUCCUUAUAUUGCCCCUGAAGAAUACGUGGACAAGGAAUUUGACCCGAGAGCUGUCGAUGUCUGGGCGACCGGUGUCAUUUACAUGGCAAUGAGGACUGGCAGACAUCUCUGGCGGUUGGCCCGUAAGGAGGAGGAUGAGUUCUACCGCCGGUAUUUGGAAGGUCGGAGAGAUGAGGACGGUUACGCUCCCAUUGAGACCUUGCACAGGGCCCGUUGCCGUAACGUCAUCUACUCCAUUCUUGAUCCGAACCCUUCCCGUCGCAUCACUGCCUCGCAGGUUCUCAAAUCCGAAUGGGUUCGGGAGAUUAAGUUGUGCAAGGCUGGCGAGGAAGGGUUUUGAAUGAUAUAAUUGCUUGUGCAAGCCUCCCUGUGGGAGGUUCACAGUAAUAGCAAUGGCUGGUAUUUUUGGAAGUUAGCGACGCUGUCCACGAGAUUAUGGGUUCAGGAUUUGUGUUCCAGCCAUCUUGCGCUUUCUGGCUCUUGGUGUUCUGAGGAAGUCAAGCGGGCUAGCUUUACGUUAUCCUAUACGCCUUCUAGAAACCCAUCUCCUUUUUUUUUCUUUUUGUUUUUUACUACGUCUAUAGACG